UGUUUUGUGUGCCUGUUAACCCCGCCCAGCCAUCCCUCCUAUAACAGCUGCCUUCAGACGGCUGCGGUGACACAGCGACAGACCUCCUCUUCCUCACAUGGACCUCAAACAAGUAGUGUUUCUCUGAAAAUGGAAGCCAACAUCGUCGUUAUUGGGACAGAAAGUGUCGGGAAAUCAGCAAUGACUGUGCGUCUCUUGACUCGGAAAUUCAUUGGUGAAUAUGGAGACAUCGAAUCCAUCUACAGUCAGAGUUUCAUAGUAGAUGGAAGGGAGGUCACUCUGAACAUCUGGGACUCUCCUUACUCUCAGUUGUCUGUGGAAGCCUCACCUUUCCAUAAGAAGGUCCAGUGGGCAGAUGGCUUCGUCCUGGUCUACAGCAUCUGUGACAGAGCUAGUUUCAACGCUGUCAGCAGGCUUGUUCAGAGGAUCAAGUCCACCAAAGACUGCCUCAACGGGGAUAAGGUCCCCAUAGCGAUAGUAGGCAACAAAAGGGACCUGCACCACAGACGAACAGUGCUAAGUGAGGAGGGCCGGAUGUUGGCCGUCAACACAGACUCCCUUUUCUUUGAGGCCUCGGCUGCAGAGAACUACCACAGCGUUCUUUCUGUGUUUAACGGCCUUGUGGACAGGAUGAAAGAUGGCAAGCUCACCACAAGGAGGCCUCUGAGGUUAAAGGGCAUAGUGAAAACCAUGUCGGCGGUGUUUGCCAGAAGAAGGACAGAUUCACUUUAAGAGCAUGACGGAGGUGGAAAGAGAGUCUGGACAUUGUGGGGAUUUAACCAGAUGGAAACAAUAAUUAUAUGAAAAGACUUUAAAUUAGAAAAAGCCAUUAAACUACAGAAAAUAUGAACUAAGAGACACAUGGAGAUGUUUCCUAGACCUCAACAUAAACAGGAAAAAUGGCUUUGAUCUUCUUGACCUGUAAAAACUGUUUUGUGAGAAAAUGGGAAAAGUGUAUUUAAUCUUUAUGUGUUUUAUAAAAAAAAGUGGACCCCUAAUUUAAAUGUCUUUAAACCUAAAAGUGGACUUAAAUUCUUCCUGUUUUAAACCAGUGAGAGAUGCUUAUACCAUAGGAGUCUUAAAACCACCUUUCAUAAACAUCUGUAAUUUAAAGCCAAAAACUGCAUGAGUUAGUGCACAAAAAGUGUACUAAUGAAUUGAUUAAAAAUCUAUAUGGCCCUGAAUACAAUCUAAGUUUUGAAACCCGUGAAGAUCCGUUGAAGUGUAAUACUUGGUGCACAGAGGAGUAAAUGCAGCUUGUAGGACAAUGUAUGUCCUGCUAGAAUAGAGAAAAUAAGCAUCUGUGUUUUUUUUUUUAUAUCGUUUUUCAAUUCCUGUGAAAUGUUGUUUACAACUGGAAAUAAAAAUAAACACACUGUAUAUUUUCUUGGUCUCCCA